AUGGGUGUAGUCAAUGGUGCCAGCAGCAGCAGUAGACGAAGUAGUCAGACCAACGCUCAGAAUAAGAACCCAAAGUCUUCUAAGGCUCCGAAUCCCAAGGAGAGCGAUAAGCCCUCCACCAAGCGGAGAACCGGCGCGAUCCCGUGCGGCAAGCGUACCGAUUUUGGGUACGCCAAGGAUUUCCACGAGCAGUACACGAUCGGCAAGUUGCUGGGUCAUGGUCAAUUCGGCUAUACUUACGUCGCCAUCGACAAGGGCAAUGGAGAUCGUGUCGCCGUUAAGAGACUCGAUAAGAGUAAGAUGGUUCUUCCUAUUGCGGUUGAGGACGUGAAGCGAGAGGUGCAGAUACUUAAAGCUCUCUCAGGCCACGAGAACGUUGUACAGUUUUACAAUGCCUUUGACGAUGAUGACUACGUGAAAGAUAGUCGAUACUCCGAGAAAGAUGCAGCUGUUGUCGUAAGGCAGAUGCUCAAAGUCGCAGGAGAAUGUCAUCUACACGGUCUUGUACAUAGAGAUAUGAAACCAGAGAAUUUUUUGUUCAAAUCAGCCAAACUGGAUUCGCCUCUAAAGGCUACAGAUUUUGGCUUGUCCGAUUUCAUUAAACCAGGGAAAAGGUUCCAUGACAUUGUUGGUAGCGCCUACUAUGUUGCUCCCGAAGUACUAAAGCGCAGAUCAGGGCCUGAGUCAGAUGUGUGGAGCAUUGGCGGCCUUUCUGGGAUAGGACAGAGGACGGUCUUAAGGAACAAACCUGACUUCCGUCGCAAACCGUGGUCAACUAUAAGCGAGAGCGCGAAAGAUUUUGUUAAAAAGUUACUCACUAAUGCUCUUUUGCCCUUUGCAGCACAUGCGUGGGUUAGAGAAGGAGGGAAUGCCACUGAUAUCCCUGUGGACAUUUCAGUUCUGAACAACUUACGCCAGUUUGUAAGAUACAGCCGUCUAAAGCAGUUUGCUUUACGGGCGCUUGCUAGCACACUUGACGAGGCAGAGAUUUCAGACCUCAGAGAUCAGUUUGAUGCAAUUGACGUGGAUAAAAACGGUGUCAUUAGUCUUGAGGAGAUGAGACAGGCACUUGCCAAAGAUCUUCCUUGGAAACUGAAGGAUUCACGAGUUGCUGAGAUCCUUCAAGCGAUUGAUAGCAACACUGAUGGGUUAGUGGACUUCACAGAGUUUGUGGCAGCAGCUCUGCAUGUACAUCAACUGGAAGAGCAUGAUUCAGAGAAAUGGCAGCUAAGAUCACGAGCAGCUUUUGAGAAAUUCGACAUCGACAAAGAUGGGUACAUAACCCCCGAGGAGCUUCGAAUGCACACGGGAUUAAGAGGCUCGAUAGAUCCACUUCUGGAUGAAGCGGACAUUGACAGAGACGGGAAAAUAAGCCUGCAUGAGUUCAGGAGACUUCUGAGAACAGCGAGCAUAAGUUCGCAGAGGGUUUUAAGCCCUGCAGGGCACAGGAAUCCUCGGUAG